GUCACGGGGAGAUACUUCUCAUUCUCGCGACGACGAGUGCUGACUGCUGCGUCACCAACUCAACGGAUUCCAUCUCCGCCGCCCCGCCCGCGGCCGCAUCAUUCCUUGCCAGCGGCCCACGCAAAUCCCAAAUCCCAAACCCUGCGCCGAUGGCCACCGUCGCCCCGCCCGACCCCAGCACCCGCCGCCCCGCCGCUCUUAUACGCCGCCGCGGCAGCGUCCUGCUCGAGCAACCGUAUUAGCCACCACGGCCAGCCCGUUUGAUCGAUCCGCCUGCUGUUGCUGCUGCUGCUGCUGCGCGCGCGCGCGUGUUUUUUUUUUUCUUUUUUGGUUUUGGUUUUACCGCGGCGGACGAGAGGCGUGGGGGGAGGAAGCUCGGCCGGGCGGAGAUGCUGGGGUCGGGGCUGAAUCUGGUGACCACGGUGAUCGGCUUCGGGAUGAGCGCCACCUUCAUCGUCUUCGUCUGCGCGCGCCUCAUCUGCGGCCGCGCGGCGCGUGCCGAGGCGGAGGCCGACGCCGCCGAGGGCAGGGUCGUCGCCGCACGAGCCAUGGCGGCUGGACCCCCGCCGUUCGACUUCGACGUCGAGUUCCGGGCCGCGGAUCUCGACCGCACGAUCGAGCAUACACGUAGUGGGUUGGAACCUUUUAUUGUUGCUGCAAUUCCUACAAUGAAUUACAGCUAUGAGGCCUUCCAAUCAAAAGAUGAUGCCCAGUGCUCCAUAUGUUUAGGUGAAUACAAUGAGAAAGAGAUUCUGCGGAUCAUGCCCAAAUGUCGCCAUAAUUUUCAUCUUUCCUGUAUAGAUGUAUGGUUACAGAAGCAAACGACUUGCCCGAUAUGCCGGAUCUCGUUGAAGGACCUGCCCGGUGGCAAACCUGCCGAGUCCCCUGCCCGUAGUCUUCCUCAACUAUUCAGUCACCCUGAAAGCUCUGUGAGUCGAUCACCUCAUUGGAUACUUCCUAUCCAUCGUGAUCGUACUGGAGGUAGAGAAAUCAGUCCGGUUUCACAAGAAACAGUAGAGGUGGUUAUUGAAAUCCAACAAGAAAUUCAUUGAGGACAUGGAUGUAUAGAGGCGAGAUAUCGAUGAUAGACGUUGACGAAUAAUAUCUAUCGCAGAAAUGAUGUGCGUUCUUCCAGCAGCUCACGGCUUUUGGCACAGGGAAUUUGUUUGCUACAGGGCUGGAUUUUAGGCAUUCUUUGUAUAUUUGAGGGUGUAGAUUAGCGGGUUUUUCGCCUCACUGUUCCUUUAAUUUUUUAUGUGUUCUGGGUGUAUAGUGAAAAAGGAAGCAUUAACAGUACUGAUCGUAUUCGGGGAGGCAAAAAUAUUUGUAGCAGCUCCGUUGUUGAGAGGUCGUAAUUGCUCUCUUCGACUCUUCGGCUUGGGCGGGUGCCUUAUAGCAAUUCUAUUACAAGACCAUAGUCAUGAUUUGAUUUCUAUGUCUUUCAUAUCAA